AUGGAAGAGGAGGAUGGCUAUGUAGAUACUGAGGCUCAGGUGAAGGCCACAGGUGCUGUACAGAUUGGCGUUGAUGGUCUUCCAGUUAACCAUACAGCAGAUACUGAUGCUGUUAAGAUGGAAGAAAUUAACCUUGAUGAAGAGCAUCCAAAAGAGGAUACAUUCAAGGGUGAAGGCAAUCCCAAUCGUGUUAGAAGAUUUGCUACCAUUAUGAACUUGUUAAACUCCUUACUUGGUGCUGGCAUUCUCUCUGUCCCAUCAUCUUUCAUCAACAUUGGUCUUUUCCCUUCGAUAGCACUUCUUUCCGCUAUAGCUGUCAUUUCCUACUUUGCCACAGCUAUGAUUAUGACGCUACAAAUAGAAACAGAAUCGGCAGGCUUUGAUGAGUUAACAUUAAAGGUUUCUGGCAGGGUUUCUCAAAUCAUUUUAUCCGUAUUGACACUCCUGUUCCUUGAAUUCGCUAUGUUAGCUUAUAUUAUUUUGGCAGGCGAUUUCAUAAUUAGCUGGUUCAAUCUUGCUAAGGUUAACCUCAACCCAAUGUGGAGACGUGCCGCAAUGAUCUUGAUUUAUUCAUUAGUUCUCCCUGUUGCCUUGACAAUCCCAAGAUCAAUCAAAUUCUUGUCAUAUUUCUCAACAGCAACUGUUUUCUUCAUCUUGCUUUUCGUUUUGUCAAUGAUCAUCCGUGCCGGAACCAACUUCCCGAAGUCUGGCAAGCACCACAACGUUUCAUACGGAAAGAUGAGCUUAGACCUCUUCUACGCUCUUGCCAUUCAUGGCCUUGCAUUCUCACUUCCAAUCAUUGCUCUUCCUAUUGUCUUUAACUACAAUAAGACAAUCCAAAAGAGGAAGAUCACAGCAAUUGUUGCAACCAUCCUUUGUUUCGUUCUCGUUCUCAUCCCAUCCGUCAUCGGAUACUUAUUGUUCGGUGACGAAACAAACGGAAACGUUUUGAAGAACUUCCCAGAUAAUGAUGUCUUGAUGAUCAUCGUUCGCAUUGGCUUCUUCUUCGUUGUUACAUUCUCAUACCCAUGCGUUGCUCAGCCAGUCAUGGGAUCCUGGGGCCAGAUGAUUUACGGAAAUAAUGACGCACCAAGCCUCACAUUCUGGCAGCGCGUUAUUGUAGAAGUAAUUACACAUACAAUCCCAAUUAUCAUCGCCAUGUUCUUACCAGAAUCAAAGCCAAUUCUUGGUGUCGGUGGUGCCUUGGGUGGCUGCGUUGUAGAUUUCUGCUAUCCAGCUCUUCUUUGGUACUUACACUACAAACCAUCAUGGAAGACACUUCAGUUCUGGCUCGUUUGGGCUUUAGGCAUAUUUGGCUUAGUUACUGGAAUUAUUUCAACCUAUCAGGCUGUCAAAGAUGUUAUUAAUGCAUUUAAGAAAGUAUAA